AUGGCUAUGAGAUCAAUCAGCACUGGCCGAGGCCUUCUCGGUGGCCGCGGGGCAAUGGAUGUCUUGAAGGCCCUCCAGACCCGGCCAAUGGCCACCGAGGCCUCUGCCUCCCCCGCCGUCAAAGUCCUCCCCAUGGACCCUCCCCCGCCGCCCUCCUUCGCCUACAGAAAAGCACCCACCGUCCUCGCCACAAUCCACAAGUUCCCCUCACUGGAGCCCUCGCACUUUGAGGCCUUCCCCAGCACCUUCCUGCACGCGCCGCUACGCCGCGACAUUCUCCACCGCGCCGUCAUCUUCGAGGGCGACUGCCACCGCUUCGGCCUCGCCUCCACCAAGACGCGCCGCGAGAUCCACGGCUCGGGCCACAAGCUGCGCCCGCAGAAGGGCACCGGUCGCGCCCGUCUCGGCGACAAGUCGUCGCCGAUGCUGCGCGGUGGUGCCGUGGCGCAUGGGCCCCGCCCGAGAGACUUUGCGACGAGGCUGCCGAGGAAGAUGUAUGAUAUGGCGUGGAGGAACGCGCUGAGCUACCGAUACAGGAGGGGCCAGCUGGUGGUGGUGGAGGGAGAGCUGGAGAUGGCGGAGCCGGAUAAGGGGCUGGCGCUGAGUGUGCUGAGGGCGCAUGGGUGGGGGAAUGAGGGUGGGAGGAGUCUGCUGAUUACGAGGUUUGAGAGGUAUAAUCUGAAGAAGGCGAUGGCGGAGUUGGGUGCGGAGGGGAGGGUGCUGACGGUGGGGGAGGUGGAUGUGAAGGAUUUGUUGGAAAUGGGCAGGAUUGUCAUUGAGAAGGAGGCCCUUCUGCACUUCCAGGAGGAGCACAGCGAGGAGUAG